AUGGGUCUACCCGAGUUUCUCGAAACCGACCCGAUAUCAUCGUCAUCAUGGCCGGAAUCACCGUCAAUUUACACGGCGGGGCAUCGCCAAGAGAGUUCAUUUUUCUACCCAGUGGCGGCGAGGCUGGCCGGAGAAAUCCUACCAGUUGUAAGAUUUUCAGAACUGAACCGACCCGGAUCUGGAUUCGAUUGCUGCGCCGUGUGUCUCCACGAGUUUGAAAACGAAGAUGAGAUCAGACGACUGACGAACUGUCAACACAUCUUCCACCGGAGCUGUUUGGACCGUUGGAUGAUGGGUUAUAAUCAGAUGACGUGUCCACUUUGUAGAACGCCGUUUAUUCCUGAUGAUCAACAAGUUGCUUUUAACCAACGGAUUUGGUCGGAGUCUAAUAGUGUCUCUGGACUUACCGGAGAAUCAAAUCAACUUAGGAUUUGGAAUUAG